CGCAUUUCUCAAAUUUAUCCCAUUCCAAUUUAGUUUCCUGGUCUGGGACUUCGUUGUCGCUAUUUAAAAUGUCAUCAUCAAUUGAAAGCGACCGCGCUGCCUACCUUCUUGACGCGCAAAACAAAGCGGUGCAACUAUUUGAGGAAAUCGAACGAGACCUGAUUCGACCGGGCGUGAGUGAAAAGACACUCAGCACUGAGAUCCACGAGCUGGGAGCUAAACGCCAUGGAGUCCGUACUCACUGGCAUAAACGAGUGGUCCGCAGUGGACCAAACACCCUGAGUCCCUUUGCCGAGAACCCGCCCGAUCGCAUCAUUCAGCCCGACGAUAUCCUGGUGGUGGACCUCGGCCCAGUCUUCGAAGAAUGGGAAGCGGACUUCGGGCGCACAUAUGUUCUGGGAGAUGACCCGGCGAAGCUGAAACUACGCGAUGCGCUGGACCCCAUAUGGCACACGGUCAAGCGACGGUUUCGAGAGAACCCAGAUAUGACAGCGGAGGAAUUGUACGCCAUCGCCUGCCAAGAGGUUCAACAAGCGGGAUGGGAUUUCGGUGCUCCCAUCGCAGGUCACCUGGUGGGUUCUUUCCCGCAUGAGAGAAUUCCGAAUGAUAAAAUCAGUUUGUAUAUCGCACAAGGCAAUGGGGAUAAGAUGAUGGUCCCCGGUCGCGAUGGGCACAUGCGGCACUGGAUCCUGGAGAUCCACAUUCACGAUCGGGCGCGCGGAUUCGGGGGGUUCUGCGAGCAGUUAUUGACGGUGGAUUGAUGCGAUGUGCUGGAUGCGCCUAUCAUGCGGAGAAAACGUCAGCAGACAGGUCAUGGAUGCCUUGGAGGGCAAAUGCCGUGAUUAUGGGGUCUUUCACACCAUUAAACAAGAAUUAGAGGAUAUAGGAACCAGAGUAUAGAAGAUUAGAGAUAUCAGGACUUCUGAU